CUCCAAGCAGCGCAAUGUCCGGACGCGGCAAGCAGGGCGGCAAGGCGCGGGCCAAGGCGAAGACGCGCUCGUCGCGGGCCGGGCUGCAGUUCCCCGUGGGCCGCGUGCACCGCCUGCUGCGCAAGGGCAACUACGCGGAGCGCGUGGGCGCCGGCGCGCCCGUCUACCUGGCCGCCGUGCUCGAGUACCUGACGGCCGAGAUCCUGGAGCUGGCCGGCAACGCGGCGCGCGACAACAAGAAGACGCGCAUCAUCCCGCGCCACCUGCAGCUCGCCAUCCGCAACGACGAGGAGCUCAACAAGCUGCUGGGCAAGGUCACCAUCGCGCAGGGCGGCGUCCUGCCCAACAUCCAGGCCGUCCUGCUGCCCAAGAAGACCGAGAGCCACAAAGCCAAGGCCAAGUAAGCGCCUCCAGGUAUUUUGGAGAAGCGCCUCGCGACUUCAGAACCCAAAGGCUCUUUUAAGAGCCACCCACAAUUUCAGAAAAGAGCCGAUUCGGUCAUGCCCGUUCCCUGGAACUUUGAGAUCAACUAGUAUUUUGGCUUAUAAAGGCAUGUCUUAAGGCCUCCUGGAAAACGUGAAGCCCCACUUUGAGAUUUUUUUCUGUGUGCCUAUAUUAACAUCCAUUGACUCGCUAAAACGUGCACUUGUUAUUCCAGUUUCAAUUACAUGGUUUUCUGAGUGUAGACAGGGAGUAUCUACAGUAGGUUUCCAUAACAGAUGUUGGUGGCGUGGUGCUCUGUAUAUUUUAGAGGAAAAAGUCCUGGGACUUUUCCUGCCUAGCUAUGUACAGCAUUGCUACCACACGCCACAAAGCGGAAGCUAACUGGGCACAGAGAAGGCACGCUGGCAACCUGUGUUCCCGGGCAGUUCGAGCUCAGCGGGUUUCUAAAAAAACUUGAUUUCUUUGCAGCUCUCUUUUUUCCUUGGACUAAGUCUGGCUGAGAUCAAGCUUAAGUAGGUGUAAGAUUGAGGACUUGCCAUUAUGUCUUUCCGCUAAUUUUGCAAUGUAAAUUUGGUACGCGCUUCUCAGAGCUUUGCACAACGUCUACGAUACACAUAUGACUGACAAGAAGACACGGUGACCACAACGCAGCCCGCUCGCGCAACAAUUAAGCUGUCCCAAAGCACCGCUGCAACGCGGGCGUAAUGCAAUCUCGGCGUGUUUCGUUACAACCUUGUAGCGAAGCUCGGCGUUGCUACUCGAUUCAGCAGCGUAAUUCAUUGCUACACUGGAGUCGCACGAGUUGUUGAAUCUGGUGAGUGAAGGGGUAUGCGAUUCCCAGCACCCACCGCCGAAAUAGCUCAGUUGGGAGAGCGUUAGACUGAAGAUCUAAAGGUCCCUGGUUCGAUCCCGGGUUUCGGCAAGCUAUUUUAUCCUUCCACUAAAGAUGGCUUGGAAUUCUGUGUAUUUCUUUCCUGUUUUGACUGUUUCUUAUCCCUGCUAAAUAUGAGGAAAGAAACCUGUACCCUCCUCCGUAAAGGAAAACUGGUCUCUGCCCCCAAGGACUUCAUAAUCUAAAAUUCGGCCAGGGAAGUGGAGUAACAGAGAAAGAAAAUGUUAUUGUCUCAGUGAUAUAUGCUCAAGUGUGACAGCCCAGUCAGGCCUGGCCUGGAAUUUGAGUUACCCUGUUUGCUUCCCAUAAGUGUCAAUGCACAUCUGCUCUUGCACAUGUGUGUACAGUUUGCAAACUGAGGAAAACCUGUUAUGCAAGUGAUCUAGUUUACUCUUAAAGGUGUCCAAAAAAGAAUUAGAAAUAGACAGAGGACCUGGUCACAGUCAAUCAGGAAUCAUAACACCCUGCUCCAUGCUUCAUCCCAGCCUACCUAUCUGAGUUAGCCCUUGACAGAAUCUCGGUUUUCUAUUUGUGCGGAAUAAACACUCAGACUCAGGGGAAGAUCUACACAUCUAGACUUCUACGGCUUUAUUGGAUUGGUGCCCCGGUUCCUGCAGUAACUAAGGACAGCGUGACCCCGGGUAGAGUCUAAGCAACUCCACGUUCACAGCCCAUGUACAGCCGUUUUUAUAGCCUGCUAGUCACAUACACCAAUACAGCAUGUUAGGUUUCCAGACAGUGUUGGUACAAUAACAUCUCGAUGUCUUUAGGCAGGCAUAAUGUUCUAAGCAGAUCUGAAAUAUUGGUAAAUAUCUCUGAUUGCUUUAUUGACAUGUCAGUUAAGUAGAGUUUUUUGCAGUUUGGAUCAGCCUGUGUCUGUUUAAACGUGCAAAUGUGUCUGGCUGAGGAACCAUUGAGGAAAACUGGUUUGAUGCGGGUGCUUGCCUCCGUGGAACUACAUGAUUAAAAGGGUCCGUUCAGAAAGAAA